AUGGCUCUCCAUAUCAGUUUGGUAUUUUUGUCAAGUUGGACAGCUGUCGCUUUUACGUUCCCUCACAAUACUUUUGACAACGUUAUUAAAGCGUCAAGAGUGGAAUUUGAAUCAUCUGGCAGCGGACCAGGUGAACCCGUCCGGGGAAUAGUGAAGGUUGUGCAGCUGGACCCUCGUGCCAUGGCCCAGUCAGGCUUCUUCAAAGGAGGACUCACCCUCAGAAGAGCACCCUCCCUAAGCUCCAGAAUGUCCUUCCCUGCUUUCUUGUCUCACGGGCGUCCAGGUCCGGUCCUGGCCCCCAAGGCCCCAGUGAGUCCUCUACAUCUCCUGCACCCUAAAAGCCCCGCUGGAAUGGAACUGAAGAAGAGGCAAGGCCUGCAGAUGUGGCAGAGAGCCAUAAAUAAAGGAGACAAGAUGAGCGUGUCCUUGCCAAUCAACCUUAAGGACACUAAACAGGCGUGCUCUGCGGUAGCUUUCACUCAGCGCGUGACGGCAGACGGCUGCGAUGCAGUAACGGUGCACAACAAGCUGUGUUUCGGCCAGUGUAGCUCCCUGUUCGUUCCGUCCGAGGGGGAGUUUGCCGGGACGGGGGCCCUCCGCCACCGGGCCCCUUGCUCCCGCUGCGCCCCGUCCAGAGCUCACACCGUGACUGUGCCCCUGCGCUGCGGAGCCAAGGUCCAUGUGAAGCGGGUGAUGGUAGUGGAAGAGUGCAAGUGCGAGACGAGCCGAGAGGAAAAGAGUGCCGAGGCUGCGGCAUCCACACACCUGUAA